UUCUCAUUCAAUGUAAUACCCCUCUUCUAAUUAAUCUUCUGAAGUGUGAGAGUUUGGUUCUGAAGGUCCCUAUAUAUUGUGUGUGGCAUACAUAUAUAUAUAUAUAAUAGUAGCAUCGAGUCCCCGCAGUACAUGAGAAUAAACAGAUGAAGGCUUUACAUAUUGCUAGCUCCCAUAGAGCGAAUCGGCUGAUGUAGGCGAGGUGGUGGUGUUGAACAGCUGAUGUAGGUGAGGUGGUGGUGUUGAAGGUUAUGGUGUCGGUGAGGUAUAGUGUUGAAGGGCUGAUGUCGGUGAGGUGGUGUUGAAGGGUGGUGUUGGUGUCGGUGAGUUGGUGGAGUUGAAGGGUACUUAGUGUUGGUGUCGGCGGGGCGGUGGCGGUGUCGGUGUCAGUGAGGUGUAUGAUAGGGAUAACUGGAUAUGGUGUCGGUGAGAAUAAGUUUUUUUUUGGUUUCGGUAAUGAUGGGGAGUAUUACAACAGACAUAUGACAUUUUAGAGUGUUAAUGUAAACAAGUGCAUUAGUUAAGUAAUAGCGACCCAAACAUUACAGUGUGCCUAUAUAAUUUAUCAAAUAUAAAGUUAUGAAAAUAAAUUUCCAUAUAUAAUUUACCAAAUAUAAAAUUGUGAAAAUAAAUUUCCAGGCACAAUCUUUUUUUUAGUGGUCAGAGAAUAGACUCAUCCAUUAAUCUAAGACACGGUAUUUUUAUCAGGUCACUCACUCAGUACAAACUCACUCGCUCGGUUCACAACAUCAAAGACGGAUAUCACGCAUCGCCGGACUGAAUCUCCUCAUCCACUUCCAUUGCCUCUCUCAAAGUUCUCGCCGAUCAAUUCCGGAGAACAAUCAGGCUUUGAAAUUGGCUUCAAAAUGCAAUAGAAAGUCUAUGUUGCCUCUCAGUUCCACCAUUAAAUCAAAUCUUCAAACUUCUCCAGCUUCCUCUACUUAGCAGAUCCACUUCGUCACCUAUCCACAAAUUCUUCUUUUCCAGAGAACCGAAUCUGGAGAGAGAUGACGGCGAUGGUUGAAAGAAUUUAUGGUGCAAAAGUUCGUGUAUUGGAGUGGAAGGAGGACUACUUUUCCGGCAAUAAGGUUUCCGAAUCCGAAGCAGUGUUCAUACUCCGUGCAUAUACUGGUACUGGUGGUGUUGAGGAAGUCACUGAAUUCCCAGUUAAGGACGUCCAUGUUUUCAGAUUCAACCUCCAUCACUUACUAUCUCCACACUCCUUACAGUCAUUCUUCGAUUGCCCCAUUCUAUCCACACCAGUUUUCUUAGAAGACGGUAAUGCCCGUGCUUUAUCAGACACUAUCUUUACCUACCUUGCUUGUAAUUAUCAGUUUACCAGCAAGCUAAACUCGUUUCUCUUGAGAAAGUCCAAGAUCGUCGUCAUCGUUGUAGAUGUUUUUCUGGAGAGAUUUGUGGACAACACCAUAAUUGAGGAGGGCUUUUAUUUGGAGUUACCAAGGAAUGACGAUUAUUUGGAUAUUCUAAGCACGUUAAGGUCUUAUUUACAUAUUGAACCAACUCCGACCCAUGAACCUGCAGAUGUUUUGAAAGAAAUUGAGGGUGCAGUGAAGGUCAACAGAGUGAUUGAUGGUCAAAGAUCACCGGCAGAUAAGUGUCGGAUAUGUCUGCAGGGGUUCUUGAUGGGGACAGAUGUUGCAACAACGCCAUGUUCGCAUGUAUUUCAUAGUAAUUGCAUCUUCGAGUGGUUGCCACAAACCAAUUCCUGCCCCGUUUGUGAAUCAGUUUGCGGUACUGUAAUUCAUAUAUAAUUAAUUUCUGUUUUUAUGUCUUUGAUAGUUCUCAUUCAAUGUAAUACCCCUCGCUCUUCUAAUUAAUCUUCUGAUUCAAGUGUGAGAGUUUGGUUCGGAGGGUCCCUAUAUAUUGUGUGUGGUAUUUAUAUGUAUAUAUAAUAGUAGCAUUGAGUCCCCGUGGUACAUGAGAAUAAACAGA